AGCGACGAUGCACUUGACCAAGCCAACACUGCUCCUGCUCGCCCUGACCAUCAGCGCUGGCUGUGUGUCGGCCACGCCGCAUCCGGGUCUGCUGGAGGGGCUCUGGGAUGAGCUCGGAAAGACCGGUCAGACCAUAGUCAGUGGUCUUGUUGAGGCCAGCCAAAAUGGAACGGCCAAUGCCGAAAAACUCGCUGAAAGUCUGAAGAACUCCACAAGUAAGUUUGUGGAACAGUCGGCUCAGUUCGCCGAUCAGAUCGCCAGUGCCCUGCACGCUGCUGUGGCACAGGGACUCCGGGACUUCUCCGACGCCCUGCGAGCUAACAUUGCGGCUGUGAGGAAUGCCAUUGCCCGGGUCUCCAGUCGAGUUAAGCGCCAGGCCUUGAAGGAUGCCCUUGCCGGCCUGCAGGGUAUCAAUGCUUCCGUAAGCGAUCUGGAGAUUGCCCUGCAGAACAUCACCGAUCAGCUGGAGCAGAAGAAGGAACAAUAUGGAGCCGAAAUUCAGCUGACAUGGAACGAUUGGGCCGCUGCUCAGUUGGAGCGCGUCGAUCAGGAGACCAAUGGCGAAGGCGUCGAGGAGGCCCAGGAGAUCCUGAACGAGCUGGAGAACCGAUAUGCCGGCUAUCUGCACAGCUGCCUGGAGGAGCAGCAGGUGCGCCUGGCCACCUACGAGCAGGAAGUGCACACCGCCGUUGCCCGCUACCAGAAUGCCACCAACGAUCUAGUCGCCCAAAUUGAAGUCUGCCAGAAAUUCUUAACUGGACCCAUCUCCUGUCGCGUCGGCAUCAAGAAGGCCCUUAGAGCGCUCCAGACGGCUCCUAGAGAUCUACUAAACCUGAAGCUCAAGGGACUUAAGCUGCUGGCCCUUAACCUCGACGAAGCCGGAUGUGUGGGGCAAACUCUGGCGGAGCACGCCCUGGAGCGGCCGAGCGUGGAGCGCCAGCUGGACGAGAUCAUUGAACGGUAUCGGGAGCAAAAUUCUACCAGCUCAUCCGAGAAUGAGGAGGACUCGAACUCAGAUGAGGAAACAACUACUGCUGGCUCAGGAUCGGGAUCAGAAGAGGACUCCGACUCGAACUCGGAAGAGGAGACAACUUCUGCGGGCUCAGGAUCAGGAUCAGAAGAAGAUUCUGACUCGGACUCAGAUGAGGAAACUACUCCUUCUGGUUCAGGAUCGGACUCUGAAGAAGAUUCCGGCUCGGGCUCCGAAGAAGAGACAACUUCUGCUGGCUCAGAAUCGGACUCACAAGAGGACUCCGACUCGAGCUCAGAUGAGGAAACAACCACUCAGUCCGCAUAGAGCUCCGAGGCAGAGGCAACCAGUAAUCAGACUAAGCACAUAAAACUUAAACAUAAAUCUUGGUGUGGGGUAUAAGCAGCAAAAUAAAAACCUUCUUUUCAAUGCAACA